GAAGCCAUUGGCUUGGCGUUGGCGUUUGUUGAUUAUUGUGUGUGGUCUGUUUUAUUUUUAUAACUUUUCAUAUUUUAUUUUACAUUUCAACUACUUUUUUAAAUUAAAAUAUAAUAAGCGAUGGAGGAAGCUAUCGAGUCGUUCUCUGAGAGCAAUAUGCAAGCUGGAGUUGAUUUAAACUUCCAGCCUAGUCAAGAACCGGUGCAACCAAUGGAAACUAAUCAAGUACCUCCAGGCACACUAGGCCCUAGUGGUAAACAUGAAGAGUUUUCUGUUGAAAAAGUCUUGGACCGGCGUGUGAAGAACGGGAAAGUUGAAUACUUACUUAAGUGGAAGGGAUAUUCUCAUGAGGAUGACACCUGGGAACCUGAAGACAACCUCGACUGUCCAGAGCUCAUAUCAGCAUACGAAGAAGCUCGUCUAAAGCGAGAAGCCGCAGAAGCUGAAUCAGCUACAGCUGACACUUCUGCGGAGGCAGGAGCUGCUGCAGCGGCAGAAGUGGCUGCGGCCGCAGAAGCUGCAGCUGCGGAAGUUGCAGCGGCGGCUGCGGCUGCUGCAGCGGCGGCUGCUGCGGCACCCCCUGCCGUCACUCCUACACCUCCACCAGAAACUGUGGAGGAAACUUAUAGCACAAGGAAACGAGGACGCCGCGCUGCCGAGAAGAAGAAAAAGAUUGAAGAAAUUGACAAGCCCAGAGGUUUGGCUCGUGGUUUCCAGCCAGAGAAGAUUCUUGCUGCCCAGUUAUUCCAUGGAGUCCUUUAUUUUCUUGUGAAAUGGGAGGACUGCCUAGAGUUCGACGUAGUGCCAGGGCACGAGUUUGGAGAAACAUACCCCGACUUCAUGAUCCGGUACUACGAGCGCUGCGUGCUCUUCAGCGUCCGGCACAAAGUGGGCAAGGUGCCCAGGAUGGCUCCUGAGCUGCCGCCAAGCCCUGAACCCUUGCCUCCGCAGACCACUGAUCAGGCAAACGAAUCAAUGGACACCUCGGCUCCCUCACUAGACACGCCCGCCCUCGAGACACCCUCUGCGACUGGAACUGAAGACUCUGCUGCGAUGGAGAUCGCUCCUCCUGCUCAGAUGCCUGAAAUACCUCAAGAAACUGCUCCUAGUAUUGAAGUGAAUUAGUUUCACAUUCAAGAUGCAAGACUUAGUAAUUUAAUUUUAAUUAUGGUAAGCUUUAAAGCUCUUAAGUAAAGUCUAGUGUGUCCAGUUCAAACCACAGAACGUACCCUUAGCCCUUAAAAUGCAUAUGGUACCCUUUAUUUUAGUUCUGAAAUGUCUAAUAUGCGAAAAAUAGACAUCGCAUUUGAGACAUUGAGUUGAUGCGUCAUUCCAGUUGUAGCCGUUUGGCUACAGUAUGCAUUAAAGGGUUAAACUAUUUUGAAAUCUAAAUCUAACCGUCACGUACGUCUAAGUUUAGACUAAUAGAUAUAUUACAAGUUGAAAAAGUAAUCACUAUCAUAGCACCUGCAAACCACAGCUUGGGUACCGAUAUUAAAGAUUCGCAGAGCUGUGUUCAGAAUUUUAUGGGUGGGAUGGUGGAAUCUAUAAUAUUGAAGUACACUUUUUUUUACAAAAGAAACAAUUUAUAUGAUCACAUAUUAUCACGUUUGAAUGUGAUAUGUACUUCAAAUACUGACCCGAAAAGCAAUUUAUUCGACGAAAAUUUAAUAUAAACAUGUUUGUAAGUCUACUUUAAUUUGAAAUAUCGCUUUUUAGCUUAGAAAGGCAGAAUGAUACCUCACAUUAUUACAAUUAUGAAAUUCGGUAUGCAAUAGUUCUUCUUGUAGACUCAAUAAAGCAUGCCAAAUUUGACCGAUGACAAUGCACACUGAAAGGUGAAAACAGAUUUCGCCACUUAAACCAGUGCGAGUGUGUUGAUAAGUCAAAGAAAUAUUCGAAGAAAUGCACCCAAUCUGCUUUGACAGCAGGGAAUAGUGGUGGCGCCGCCUGGUAUGAUAAAUUGUCAUGCAGUUUGCCUUCUCACAGGUAUCCCCUUUCUACAAAAAUCAUAUUUUCUCAAUCAACAUUUUUAUGUCAUUCUCAUCAUGUUAGAUAAAGAUCUAUUUUACGUGCGCGUUUAAAAUCAACUGUAUCAGGAUUGUUUUUUGUAAAUAAUUAUUUUAAAAUUUAUUUUAUUAAAUGGUACCUAUUGUACUCAGCACGUUAUUAUGCCUGCCGCACCGCGCAUAAUAAUCGCUUAAACGCGAUUAUGCAAAAUUUAAGGUGAAAACAGAUUUCGCCACUUAAACCAGUGCCAGUGCUUAACCCUUUUCCAGGCAUAGGUACGUUGUCAUUCAAAUUGACAUUGCACCUGCAGUGCCAAUACAUCUUUGGCGUGAAAAAGAUUAACUAAGUGAUAAUUUCUAAUCCAACACCCUUAUAACAUAAAGGUUGAAGUAAAAGCCAAGUUAAUUGGAAUAAAUUUGGCUUUUUGUACAUUGGUGCGGCCUGAAAAAGGGUUACCUUAUAAAUAUUUCAUGUUACAUGGCUGUCAAUGCGUGGUGGUCUAAAUAUCUAAAUCUUAUAGAUUAUAAAAUACAAUGAAUUAAAUAAAACAAUUUUAGAAUA